AUGGAGCUGGAGAAAAGCCACUAUUCGGAUCAUGAAAUCCGCAAGCUGGAGGAGGAGGAGCAGCUCCGGAGGAGGAAGGAGAGCACGUUUGAUGAUGAUGAGGCGCCCGGCAAAACCGUCAUCAUGGCUCAAGACCUGGAGGACAAGUGGGAACAGAAGUUGCAGCAGUUCAAAGCUGCUCCGCGGGUGACAGAUGCUGAUAAAAAAAACAAUCGAAUGUCACUGGACAGGAGGCUGGACAGUAACCUGAUGCUUCUGGUGAAACAGAAAAUUGGCAACCAGGAGCUGUGGCUCCUGCCUCAAGUGGAAUGGCAGCCUGGAGAGACACUGCGGGGCACAGCAGAGCGAGCCUUGGCUACAGUUUUGGGAGAUCACAUUCAAGCCAAAAUCCUGGGGAAUGCUCCACAUGGGAUUUACAAGUAUAAAUUCCCCAAGGCCAUCAGGACUGAGCAUAAUGUGGGAGCCAAAGUCUUCUUCUUCAAAGCCUUCCUCCAGAGCAGCGACUGGUCACAGGCAGAGCUGAAGAAAGACUACCUGUGGGUCACAAAGGAUGAGCUGGGAGAUUACUUGAAAUCAGAAUACCUGAAAAAAGUCAAUCGGUUCCUUCUGGAUUUAUAAAUAAAUGGGUUGUGCUCCAGCAGGUGGGGAAGUUGUGGGACAUGACUCCAGGGAGGAGCACAGCUGCUGCUGUGCAUGGUCUGUGUGUAGGAGAUGUUAACUUGGGCUCUGGAGGAUAAUUUGCCUUUGCCUUAUUUCCCAGUUCUCUUCACCAGGCCUGUACUAAAUAAAUAUUAAAACUUAUACU